AUGGCUGUUCCGGAGCCAACAAACGCCACCUGUGAAUCACAAACGGUAGACGGUAUUUGGUCCUUCACUCUCGACACCUCUGUCGUCAGCUAUGCUCUUGGAGGAGAAGAACUGAACCCCAAAUACAAUUGCUUCGAUUACUCAAAGGAUGGCAACGCUUUGCAGAAGUUCAGGGGAAUCGUCAAGGCUCUGGCCACCAAGCUGAACCGCCCUGGAUGGGCUAUGAACUGCGUGAACCGAUCACCCAAGGGCUACUCCGUUGGCUUCUUCUUCGAUGAUGAGCACUUCUGCCGCUAUGACGUCGUCAAGGGUGACAAAGUCUACUCCCUCGAUAUUGUGAAGCUCGACAAAUCAGAGCCAGUGCCAGAGGAGUGA